AAGGCGUGUUUUGCACCUGAGCUCGAGCACACCGAAACCCAGCCCGGACGUGUUGCCGUAAACUAACCGUAUUGGAUAAUCGCGGAUAGGUCCGUAACUUUGUAAGUGGAGCCAGAUUGGUUCUGGUUUGGGUCUCUUUGGUCAAAAAGAACCGAAGCACGCAACGCAACUCAUCCUCCCACAAUAAACGUUUUCUAAAAGUCGGUGGCGUGAUUCCAAACCCUAAUCGCCACCGUCUUGAUUCAGUUAUAUGAAUCAUUGCUCCUGCCGCAUCAGUAUGCGUUUAGCUUCGUUGUAGAUAGAUUAUCUCGUUGUUGAUUCUGUUUGUGCUCAAUUGUUAGGUUUGAGGACAUGGAUUUGGUAACAACUGUCAAGGACAAAUUAACAUAUUUCCGUAUAAAAGAGCUCAAAGAUGUGCUGACACAGUUAGGACUUUCAAAGCAGGGAAAGAAGCAGGACCUCGUUGAUCGGAUAUUAUCCAUUCUCUCAGAUGAGCAAGUUUCCAAAAUGUGGGCUAAGAAGAAUGCUGUUGGGAAAGAACAGGUGGCAAAAUUAGUGGACGACACAUAUAGGAAAAUGCAGAUAUCAGGGGCCACUGAUCUAGCAUCAAAGGGUCAGGUUGUGUCAGAUAGUAGUAAUGUGAAGGUUAAAGCUGAAGUUGAUGAUUCCCUUCAAAUUCAGUCAGCUGCAACUAUAACUACAACUACAACUACAAAGAUUCGCUGUCUCUGUGGAAGUACAUUGGAAACAGAAGAUUUGAUCAAGUGCGAUGAUGCAAGAUGCCAAGUGUGGCAACACAUCAGCUGCGUUAUUAUUCCAGAGAAACCUAUGGAAGGCAUCCCACCAGUUCCUGAUAAAUUUUAUUGUGAACUAUGUCGACUUAGUCGUGCAGACCCGUUUUGGGUUUCAGUAUCUCAUCCUUUGUUACCGGUAAAGUUGACCACAACCAGUAUUCCAACGGAUGGUUCCAACCCAGUGCAGUGCGUGGAGAGAACAUUUCAAUUCACAAGAGCAGACAAAGACAUGGUAUCAAAACAAGAGUUCGAUGUUGAGGCUUGGUGUAUGCUUCUGAACGACAAGGUUCCAUUCAGGAUGCAAUGGCCACAGUAUACAGACCUAGCGGUCAAUGGCCUUCCUGUUCGAACAACUAACAGACCCGGUUCACAAUUGCUCGGGGCUAAUGGUCGGGAUGAUGGUCCAAUUAUCACGGCGCAUACAAAAGAUGGAAUUAAUAAGAUUUCCUUAACAGUAUGUGAUGCUCGCAUUUUUUGUUUAGGUGUUCGCAUUGUAAGAAGGCGCAAUUUGCAACAGAUCCUAAACUUAAUUCCAAAGGAGUCUGACGGUGAGCAUUUUGAAGAUGCUCUUGCACGCGUUUGUCGUUGUGUUGGGGGUGGAAAUGCAGCUGACAAUGCUGAUAGUGACAGUGAUUUGGAAGUGGUUUCAGAUACUUUUAGCAUUAACCUUCGCUGUCCGAUGAGUGGUUCAAGAAUGAAGAUUGCUGGAAGAUUCAAACCUUGCAUUCACAUGGGUUGUUUUGAUCUUGAAGUCUUUGUGGAGAUGAAUCAACGUUCAAGAAAAUGGCAAUGCCCUAUAUGUCUCAAAAACUAUGCCUUGGAGAAUAUCAUCAUUGAUCCUUAUUUCAAUCGCAUCACUUCUCUGAUGAUUAAUUGCGGUGAAGAUGUUACAGAGGUUGAGGUGAAGCCUGAUGGCUCUUGGCGUGUUAAGACAAAGAGUGAAAGUGAACGUCUGGAGUUAGGGAAUCUUGGCCGAUGGCACUUUCCUAAUGGAUCCCUCUGUGCUUCUACUGAUGGAGAUAUCAAAAGAGUAGAAACAUUGAAGCAAGUAAAACAGGAAGGUUUUUCAGACGGACCUGCUGGUUUAAAACUUGGCAUUAGGAAGAAUCGCAAUGGAAUUUGGGAAGUCAGUAAGCCUGAGGGCACAAACACCUCUUCUGGUCAUAGAUUAAAGGAGGUUUUUGGAAAUCCUGAACAUGUUGUUAUUCCAAUGAGUAGCAGUGGCACCGGAAGUGGCCGUGAUGGUGAUGAUCCCAGUGUUAACCAGGGCGGCGGUGGGCAUAUUGAUUAUUCUACUACCAAUGGAAUUGAGAUGGAUUCCGUGUCUCUCAAUAAUGUUGAUUUAGCUGGUGGAUAUACUGCACAUAACACAUCAGCUCAGAUGGGUGGUGCAGAAGUAAUUAUUCUUAGCGAUUCCGAAGAGGACGAUAUAUUGGUGCCUCCUCCUGCAAUUGCAACUAACAACAACAUAAUUGAUACUGCGGAUGGUUACUCCAUGCCACCACCUGGAAUUGUUGACCCAUAUGCUGAAGAUCAGAAUCUCGGUGGAAAUUCAUGCUUGGGCCUUUUUCCUAAUGAAGAUGAUUUUGGGAUGUCUUCCUUGUGGUCAUUGCCAUCUGCAACUCAGACUGGUCCAGGAUUCCAAUUAUUUGGUUCUGAUGCAGAUGUCUCUGAUGCAUUGGUCCAUUUGCAGCAUGGUCCUAUUAAUUGCACCUCAUCACUGAAUGGUUAUACAUUGGCUCCCGAAACUGCUUUGGGAUCUAGUAGCCUAUUACAAGAUUCUUCUGCUGGUCGGUCAGAUGCUGACUUAAACGGUGGUUUGGUUGACAACCCAUUGGCAUUUGCUGGAGACGAUCCCUCACUUCAGAUUUUUCUCCCCACAAGACCAGGCGAGUCAUCCGUGCAGAAUGAGUUGAGAGAUCAAACAAAUGUCUCCAAUGGUGUCUGUACUGAAGAUUGGAUAUCCCUUAGUCUUGGAGGUGGUGCUGCCGGCAGUAAUGGCGACGCUUCCACUCAAAAUGGAUUGAAUUCUAGACAUCAAGUCCCAGCCAGAGACAGCAGCACUAAUACUUUAGCUGAUACUGCUUCUUUGCUUCUUGGUAUUAAUGACGUAAGAUCUGACAAAGCAAGUAGACAAAGGUCGGGUAGCCCUUUCACAUUUCCUCGCCAAAAACGUUCUGUAAGGCCCCGCCUAUACCUUUCUAUUGAUGAUUCAGAUUCGGAAUAAAGGUGUCAGAAUUCGUGUCUCAAGAAGUUUAGGGACUGUUAGCACCAGAUAUUGUAUUUAGAAAUUGAAGGAAGUUGGAGGCAUUUUUGGUCCUCGUAAAGUGGCAGUUAUGUGUUGAGGCAUCUCUGGUGGAAUGGCUAUAAAUUGGCCCUAACACUUGCACCUUGCCCCCUUUGGCAAUGAUAUUGGCUGCAAAAUUUCUGAAUGCUUGAUAUUGAAGUUGAGGGAUUGUGGUCAAGCUAUUAUCCCUUCCAUUUUCAAUAUCUACCGAGGGUAUAGUGCUGGUUUACUGUAUAGUUGGUUAUUCAAAUUGGUAGUUUAAACUUUCUAAUUUGAUGGGUGGAGUUUCCCAUUAGGAAUAUUUUAUCUGCAUUUUUUUUGGCUCUGCUGAGAGCAAAUAACCUGUAAAUGUUUAGCCCUCGGAUUCAAUAGUGAAUUUAAAAAGCUUUUCUAUGCCA